AUGCCGUCAAAUUCACCUGAAAGGCACCUGGUCGCAUCGGAAAAUCACAAUAUCGCUUCUAGACAGGCAUCCCAAGACUCGGAUCACGAGGUGAAAUAUCAAACAGGACUGAUGCCCGCCGAAUAUACGGGCCUCGAGGUCGCCUCGCCCUCGCCCUCACCGGGCAUGCAGUACUACCAGCCCGCCCCCGGUGCAGCUCCAGCCGCCACGGCGCCGGGUGGAUAUGCGCCGUAUCACGACCAGCACAACGGCCUGGGGUACGAAAGUCACCAGCAGUACCCCGCACACUCAGCGGCCGGAACGGCGUACGGGGCAAGCCAGACGGGGAUACCGCCAAAGAAGAAUAAGAGGAUAUGGGGCAUCCCAGCGGCAACGUUUUGCGUAGCGGUUGUUGCUCUGGUAUUCUUUCUCGGGACGAUUGGUGCCUCGGCUGCUGCGGGAACGAUUGCGCAGACGCAUGCGGCGUAUGUCCAGACGUGUGAAGCCAAACUCGAAAAGUCGUCAUCACCGUCGGCGUGUGCGACAAGUGGAUCACCCGCAGCAUCCGCAUCCGCAUCGGCCUCGGGGACCGCGGCCCUCUCAGCAUCCGCAGCGGCAACGGCAUCGUCAUCCUCCGCGUCCUCCACCCCGACCUCCUUUACCUCGAUCCCGCUGCCGGGCCAAGCAUCCUCGAUCCUGGGUGAAGCGACGACAAAUUGCCCGGAUCUCAGCUCCGAGAACAAGACGUACACGGUCCCGGGCUCGAACCUGCGCUUCGUGCGCGAGUGCGGCAACAAUUACCCGACCAACGACCUCGGUCACAUCCCAUUGACGAGGAUGGAGGACUGCAUGAACCUCUGCGCGGCGCUCGCCGUCACGACGCAGAGCACUGACGGGCCGUGUAUCGGUGUCGCGUGGGUGACGGCGGGGAAGCAGGGGACGGAUGAGAAUUAUUGCUGGUUGAAAAGUGCUAAGGGGGCGCCGGAUCCAAAGGCGAAUAUUGAGGCGGCGUGGCUUGAGAGGACGUGA